GACGGCUCCUUUAUUACGCUCAGGCGCGCCCCUCUCUCUCCCCUUUCUGCAGCCACGCUGUGAGUUCCUUCGUAUCGUAACGCCUCCCUCCCAUCACUCACCAAGAAACGCUCGCAAGCCAGAGCGAGAGAGAGAGCAACCGCACGGAGAGUCGGAGAUGAAGGCGGAGAAGGCAGCGGCGGUGGCCGUGGUCGCCGUCGGCGCCGGCGCCGGCGGCGGGGACGAGUGGCGGUGCAGGAGGCACCCGGCGGCGAGAUCCGGCGGCGGGGUGUGCCCGUACUGCCUGCGCGACCGGCUGCUGCGCCUCUGCCCGGCCUGCGCGCGGGUGCGGCCCUGCCCCUGCGCGUCCGCGCCCGCGCCCGCGCCCGCGUGCGCCGCCUCCCCGUCCUCCUCCUCCUCGGCGUCCGGCGACGCCGUCGGCAGGGUCCACAGCCUCAUCGAGCGCGAGCACCGCAUCGCGCGGUCCCGGUCCGUCGCCGCGUCCUCCUCCGCCGCGAUGGGCUCCGUGGCCGCCGCCGCCGGUGUAGGCGGCGGGACGCGGAAGGCGAGGGUUUGGGGGUGGGCGCCGUUCUGGAGGGCUUCUGCGAAGGAUGUCAGCUCUGCGGAGGAGGACGAGGACAGGCUGGGGCUGGCGCGGUCCAGCUCGGUCUCCGCGACGGCCGUGGAGGCGAAAGCCGUCGCGGCCAAGGCGGCGGCGGCCAAGGCGCGGUGGGGGUGGCACUUCCCGAGCCCCAUGAAGGCGUUCCGGCACCGGAGGUCGUCGGCGAGCCUGCCGGAGCGGGGCUGAGAUUCCCCACCAGUGGUGGGAUCUUGUUGCUUUUAGGAGGUGAUUAUAAUUAGUUUUUUACCCAAAAAAAAAUAGUAAACCAUAUGGGGCGCAUUAGAGGAGGAAGGAAAGGAGGGACCUUUUUCUUUUUCGCUUUUGUGGCUGGCUGGCUCGCGUGCUAAUGUUGCGACGAUGAUGAUUAAGGUACUAGACUAAACCCCUGCAAAGCCUGUGGUGUGUUUGUACUGCUACCCUGUACCGUCAAAUCAAAUUGGACAUUUUAAGCUCCCCGAUUUGAUCUGCA